AUGAGAGAAGGCCAGGAAGCCAGAGUUAACUGGCCAAUUUGGCCAACGCUGGGGAGCGAACAGAUGCGCCUCCUGGAUCUGCAACCUGCAGUUGAUAUCUCUGAUUCUCUUUGUUGCACUUUGCGCAUGGCUAGUCUUACUCAGUCUCCAUUUUAUGAGGCUGUUUCCUAUGUUUGGGGACACGACAGCCAUAGAAAGACAAUAAAGGUAGACGGAACUGAGACUGUCAUCACCAACAAUCUCUUCGAUGUUCUUCACAGUCUACGGCGCAAAGAUUCAGUUCGCACUCUUUGGAUCGACGCAUUAUGCAUAAACCAAGCAGACCCCGAAGAGCGCUACAACCAGGUCAAGAUCAUGGGGCGUAUCUAUCAGCAAGCAUUCAAUGUUGCGAUCUUUCUCGGAAGCCAUUGGGAUGGCUUGGACAUUGCUCGUGAUUACCUAGAACUUGCCGCUGAGCGAGAAGAGGCUCACUUCGACCCCCUACUCAAGCCGCACUUGGAGGUUCGCGGUUACAAUAUUUCAAUGCCGCAUUUGAGAAACAACCUUUCCAGGUUUUUUUCCUCGGAUUGGUUCUUUCGAGUUUGGACAGUGCAAGAGUUUGUUCUCGCAAGACAGACUUCUUUCUUGUAUGGGACAACUGUCAUUGAUGGGGGGCGCUUUAUGAAGGGUUUUGCCUCGAUUCGGCGACAUAUCUCCAGUAGAUGCUGUGGACCGCGAUCCCUUCUCGAAUGUGGUGAAAGGUUUUUCGAUGUUAUGAUUCAUAUAGAGUCGCUCAUCAACAUGAGGGCAUCUCUGGCAUCCACAGAUCUUUUGCAGGUUCUACACGAUUGCCGUCGGCGGAAAUGCACAAACCCCUUGGAUAGAAUCUAUGGGAUGCUCGGCAUGGAUUUUAAAGGCCAAUCAAGCGGAAUUCUUCCGGACUAUAGCAUCACGACUGAGGAGCUCUUCGUUGGACUUACCAAGGAGCAGAUGGAUCGAACAAAAACGCUGGAUAUCCUCACUUAUGUUGACAUGGGGAGACAGACUGUCUUGAAUCUUCCAUCAUUUGUGCCUGACUGGACUAUGGAGUCGACGAAUCGCCUCACACAUAUGCUUUCUGUAGAUCAGCAACUGGCAACAACACAUUAUAAAGCUUCAGGAGAGAUUCCAGCCAAGUUUGAGUUUCGAUUUAAGGACAAUGGGCACUUAAUGUUGACGAAGGGCGUUAUAAUUGGCUAUAUAGAAAGCGUAGGCACCCCAGGCACUUUUUCCGACCUGGAAAGCUUUUCUCAGGCAAAAGACAUUGUGUCAGAGGCUCGGGAGUUGGCGAGACUGCCCAGUCAGCCACCUAUAUCAUGGCAGGCAGCCACACCUCAAGAGCUCGCUUUCUGGAGAACCCUCUGUGGAAAUCUAACCAUCAACUACCUAGAAGGAGACCGCGAGUGGACAGUUUCGGAUCCAGAACUUGAUUACGAAUCAUAUCUGCGAUGGAAUCGUGCGAUGAAUAAGCUGCAAGAGGGUCAGCCCGCUGUCGUAGGAGAUGAACCAUUUCAAGAUGCCCUAAUUCCCAACCUCUCCGGCCGAAGGUUUACUAGAACCGAGACUGGACUCAUUGGCAUGGUCGCUGCGGAUUCCCUUCCCGGCGACGUCAUUGUGGUGCUACCUGGUGGUAGAAUUCCGUACGUGCUCCGCGAGAAGCACGGGACCAGCGCCUUAGAAAACGCUAAAACUUAUCGUUUCAUCGGUAACGCAUACAUAGACGGGUUUAUGUAUGGAGAGGCUGCUGAACAUGACGCGGAGUGGGCAUCGUUAUUUAUAGUCUAA